AUGGGAGAAACUGCUUUUGUGCUGUUGGUGCUUGUGCUUUUUUGUAUUGUAGGAUCAGUACAUAAAUCACAUCAUGAAAGAAACAGGGCUUCACAACAACCUCUACACCUAUACCUCACAAGUAUGCAUUUAAAGAGCCUAGAAGCUGCAAAAGUUUUGGCAGAGAACCUCCUGAAUACAAUAGCAGCAGAGUUUGGUGCUUCCAGAAUUUCUUCUUCAAAAGUAUAUGGUGCUGUUCCACCUCCUCAGCAGUUGUUAACUGGUGUCGAUACCUCAGGAGCAAGAUCGGAUGUCCAUUCUACUUUAGGGCCUAAUGUGUUAGCAGGAGCUUCACAUUCCUUUGCAUCUACUGGAGUUAUUGCUCCCAUUGUUGCUCCUGCAGUGACGCUACAAUCUGGGUCUCCAACAUAUUCUGGGGUUCUACCACCCAAUAACAUGACCUAUCCUGUUCCACCAGUAAAUGGUGGGACAUUUUACAGUGGCUAUGGAGACAUUUAUCCCCAAGCAACUCCAUUACAGCAGGUGGCAUUCACACUCAAACAUGCCUCAUCGUCGACAACUCAGGUAGUUCCAGUAACGUCCACAUUAACAAGCACGGUGAUAAAGGCGAACUCAAGCUUGGAUGUGGAGAUGGAUAAACGUUCCAGAAGGAAAUUCCAGGAACUACCAGUUUCCAAGGCUCCAAUAACAGAAACUCAGAACUCACAACAGGGGCCCAAAUUUGUUAAGACAGGUUUAGAUAGUUUAGGUGACAUUAGCGGUUCAUCAAUUGCACCUCCAAAGAAAGUUCAGCCGGGACCAAAUGGAAUGCUUCUACCUGACCAAGCGGAUAUGCCAUCGCAUUUCUCUCUAUCCAAUAAUAUGCCACCGCCACCCCCAAAGAGCAUGCUGCCUCCAUCCAAAAAUAUGCCACCUCCACCACCCAGGAGCAUGCCUCCACCGCCACCCAAAUUUCCUUCAAAUGAGAUAUUGUCAAGAAAUGAGAGCAAGACUUUCGUUUCAAAGGAGCUGAUGGCACCUCCAAGGGAUACAAGAUCAGUCUCGCCAUCUCAACUACUACCAAAGGAGCCUAAGGAGGAAAAGCCAAAAUGCGCACCUGUAUCUGACACCUUGCUGAAACUUAUGGAUUAUGGAGACGAAGAUGACGACGGCGAUAUUGAUCUCACAGACAGCAUACCUAAGGGCAAUCCAACUCCUUGUUCAGAGCAGAAACCAUCUUGGGCGCUUAUACGUCACUCCUUGAUUGUCUACAAUUGCAAUUGCAACUUGCAUAAUCUAUUGCCUCCCUUUAUUCCACAAUGGUAUACGGUAAAGCGAGAGGAGUUCUGCUUGGAGCAAGCGAGCAUGAUGCAAUCGCUACCCAGAACGGCGGCCGCGGUGUCGGUGUAUGCGCUGGUCGCCCUUAUUGCCGCCGGCGCCGCCGCGGCAGGAGGCGGCGAGCAGCCGCUGUCGAGGAUCGCCAUCCACCGCGCCACCGUCGAGCCCCAGCCGGGCGCCUUCGUCGACGCGUCGCCGGCCCUUCUCGGCCUGGAGUGGAAGGACAGAGAAUGGGUGACCGUCACAUACAGCAACCCAAAACCUUCGAAGGAUGACUGGAUUGGAGUCUUCUCUCCUGCUAAUUUCAACGAUUCCAUUUGUCCAUCAGAGAACCAAUGGGUGGAGGCCCCUCUUUUAUGCACAGCUCCUAUUAAGUUCCAAUUUGCAAACUACACAAGUCAUAACUAUGAACACACUGGAAAGGGAUCCUUGAGGCUGCAGCUGAUAAAUCAGAGAGAGGAUUUCUCAUUUGCAUUGUUCUCUGGAGGCCUCUUGAAUCCGAAGCUCAUUGCGCACUCAAAGAGUGUUACUUUCAUCAACCCAAAGGCUCCUGUGUACCCACGCCUAGCACAAGGAAAAUCCUGGAAUGAAAUGACAGUGACAUGGACAAGUGGCUAUUCUACCAAUGAGGCUACACCAUUUGUCAGAUGGGGCAUGCAAGGGCAAAUCCAAAUCCUUUCUCCUGCAGGCACCCUUACUUUUAGUCGCAACACCAUGUGUGGUCCUCCUGCAAGGACAGUUGGUUGGCGUGAUCCUGGUUUCAUACACACAAGUUUUCUCAGGGACUUAUGGCCUAAUUUCAUGUAUUCAUACCAAAUUGGGCAUCAGCUAUUUGAUGGUUCUAUUGUUUGGGGACAUCAGUAUAGCUUCAAAGCACCUCCUUAUCCUGGGGAAGACUCUUUGCAACGUGUUGUGAUUUUUGGGGAUAUGGGAAAGGCCGAGGUUGAUGGUUCAAAUGAGUUCAAUGACUUCGAGCCUGGUUCACUUAACACAACGAACCAGCUAAUAAAAGACUUGAAGAAUAUUGACAUGGUUUUCCAUAUUGGGGACAUCACAUAUGCCAAUGGCUAUCUGUCACAGUGGGAUCAAUUCACCGCACAGGUUGAACCCAUUGCUUCUACUGUGCCUUACAUGGUCGGGAGUGGUAACCACGAAAGAGAUUGGCCUGGAUCAGGGUCAUUCUAUGGGAACCUGGACUCCGGUGGCGAAUGUGGAGUACCAGCUCAGAAUAUGUUCUAUGUGCCAGCAAAAAACCGUGAGCAGUUCUGGUACUUGAUGGAUUAUGGGAUGUUCCGUUUCUGCGUAGCCAACACCGAGUUGGACUGGAGGCCAGGCACAGAGCAGUACAAGUUCAUCGAGCACUGCCUGUCGUCUGUUGAUCGGCAGAAACAGCCAUGGCUCAUCUUCCUCGCGCACCGCGUCCUUGGCUACUCGUCCGCCACCUUCUACGCCGACGAAGGAACAACCGAGGAGCCCAUGGGACGGGAGAGCCUCCAAUCACUCUGGCAGAAGUACAAGGUCGACAUUGCCAUGUACGGCCACGUCCACGGCUACGAACGAACCUGUCCAGUGUAUGAGAACGUGUGCGUGGCCAAGGGGUCGGACCGCUACACCGGCGCCUUCACGGCGACGACGCACGUCGUGGUCGGGGGCGGCGGCGCGAGCCUCGCCGACUACACGGCCGCCCGGGCGCGGUGGAGCCACGCGCGGGACCGCGACUUCGGCUUCGCGAAGCUGACGGCGUUCAACCACACGACGCUGCUGUUCGAGUACAAGAAGAGCCGGGACGGCAGCGUGCACGACCGCUUCACCGUCUCCCGCGACUACCGCGACGUCCUGGCCUGCGGCGUCGACAACUGCCCCAGCGCCACCUUGGCGUCUUAGAGUUCAUUCAUGUCGAUUUGAUUUGCUGUUCGCCCUUUGAAUUUUGAUAGAAUACACUGUCAAUUGAAGACCUGAGGACUAAUCUGUCAUUUCGUUUUUUGAAAAAGAUAUUUUUUUUGAGAUUGUUGAAAAA